CCUGUCCAGAAUUUGAUCCGAAAGAACUUGCUCAUAUAGUCAUAUAUUUGUCUAUUUAUUAUCUUUUAUAAUUAUCAGGCUAUUUAUUUUUAAUUUAUUUCUUAUAUAUUGAUAUAUCAAGAGUUAUCCAAAUGUUUUUGCUCCCGCACACAUCCUUCUUGUCUUCUUUCCUUUUGAUCCUUCCACUUCCUUUCUCACUGUCAUUUUAUCUCGCUGACUCCAACCCACUUUUGUCCUUUGACAGUCAAGUCAGAGAGGGGCAUCUCUACACAGAUAACCACAGGAGAGGCAUGUAUCUGCAGAUGACCCAGGACGGGAGAGUGUCAGGAAGUGAUGUUCAGACACCUUACAGUUUGCUGCAGAUGAAAUCAGUUAAAUCAGGCCAUAUCGUCAUCAGAGGACUGUCGUCAUCCCUGUUUCUCUGUGUGGACAGUGGAGGCCAUUUGAGGGGGCAGGCACACUACACUGAGGCUGACUGCACCUUCCAAGAGCUGCUACUGGCAGACGGGUACACCCGUUUCCUUUCCUCGCACCACGGAUUCCCCGUGUCUCUGGCAUCAAGACAUCCCCCGGGUCGACACUCAGUCCCCUUCACUCGAUUCCUACCACUUAGGAACACUCUGACACUGGAGAGUGUGUCGGAACAACCACCGAGCAGUCAGAAAUAUUUCAACCUGGACUCAGACGACCCGUUUGAAAUGGGCCGGAGUUCCCUGAUCAGUCCUCAGUUCUCAGCGGGCAAGAAAAGAAAAUGAAUCGCAUAGAUCUUUGACCAUGCGAUGCUUGUAAAAUGUUAUUUUAUUGACUAGGUAGAAGCUGCAGACUUGCUUUUGGUAUGGGAUGAGCAGCUUGGAUGAAUGUUUUUCUAUUUCAGCAAAUAUCAUGAUAACUUAUUUAUUUAUUGUGUGUGUGUGCUGUAUUUAUGGUGGUUAUUUAAAGAAAUUAGACUACACGUUAUGUGUGUUAGUUUGAAAACACGUUUGCGUCUUUUGUUUAACAAAAUUUCUCCAAAUCAGAAGUCCGAGAAGUCCCAGUUAGCUCAUGUUUGUGCUACUUAAGUGUGUUUAUCAGACUGGUGAGAAGUUUGUCAUGAAAAAUAAACAUGAUAUAAAUUUCACAUUUGUUUUUCUACACCUGUCAUGCAAUGACACACGGGCUCAAUAAACAAUUUACCA